GUGGGGUAUAUGCACAGCUUCUGCCUCACAGAGAACUAUGUCGUGGUUACAGAAACUCCCCUUGUGAUGAAUGUGUGGCGUGUUCUCACGAGAAGGAUCUCAGAGACGGGUUUUCUUGAUUGGCUCUACUGGGAUGAAAGCCAGCUCGCCAAAUUUCAUGUUGUUGACAGAAAACAAGGAACUCGCCUUGGCACCUUCUCUGCAGAUCCGUUUUUCACGUUUCACCACAUCAACGCGUUCGAAGAAGACGGCAAAAUUUAUCUGGACGCCUGUUGCUACCACAACAGCUCAAUUGUGAAUCAGCUUUACCUGCAUAAUUUGCGAUCCCCUAUGGUUCCAGGCGAGCAGAAGCUUGACGAUGCGGAUGUGCGGCGAUACGAACUUCCUCUUGAAGAGCUUGGAGAUGCGGGGACGGCGAAAACUCUUACAAAAGGAGCUGACGGGCUGGAUUACACUUUGCUGUACUCGGGAAUGGAGUUGCCGAGGUUCAACUACAGUGAGAAGAACACCAAGCCGUACAAGUUUGUUUAUGGCGUAGGGGACGUUGACGGAAUGAUCUUUGGUCACCUGAUCAAGUUGAAUGUGGAAACCAAAGAGUUUGUGACAUGGAAGGAGCCUGGUGGAUUUGUCUCGGAGCCUGUCUUUGUGAAAGCGCCUGAUGGGAAGGAGGAAGAUGACGGCGUGGUGUUGUCAUGCGUGAUCAACAUCUCUGACCAGACCACCUCUCUGUUGGUAUUGGACGCAAAAGAGUUCAAGGAGUUGGGGCGAGCCGUGGUGAAAAAGAUUACUCCAAUGUCCUUGCAUGGUUUAUUCCAGAGAGAAAUGAUGCAGUAUUGUAGUACUGCAUAGAUCAAACGUUUUCCGUUUCGGUAACACUGUUUCAAACUUUGCAAGUUUAUUUAAGAUUUUUCUUCAAGCUGUUAGAACUUGUUACGUAAUUAAAGGCAGAGGGGAGUCAUAAACCAGACUCAUUAUACCAGAAAAUGAAUUAGAAGCUUAAGAACGAGCAGUUAAUAUAUAUCUCAGUUACUACACACGCUGUGAUUGGUCCGGCACUUAAGCGGGCUACAUUAUUUUUCUGUACUUUACACCUGUCGAUAGUACCAUGAGUCCUGGCAGGCAUUGCGUUUAUUAGGAGUUGUUAGUGAUUUAAGUUGUUUUCUGGUUUACGUUUACAGCACUAAUAUCGGAUGAUUGAAAAUGAGCGUAUGAAAUAUUUUCUAAAGUAAAUCGUAUUAGUUUUCGUUAUUGUAGAACAGAAGGAACGAAAUAAGCCUCUUGUAGCACAAGUGCACGCACAAGGAAGCUGUUGAUUGGAAAUUUAAUUUAUAUAAAGACUAAGCUGAAAAGUAUUUUAGUUUUGGAACUAUGAAAUACUGGAAUAUUUUAGGCGAAAAAAAUGAAAACAGCUGUAGACCGGGCUUUUCUUAGACUAUUCCUCUCAGGGUAUUUGAGUGUAUUACUGAAAAAAAUUAGAUAUCAUUGCCCUCGAUAAAUUGUUAUCUCCACCACUCCACUUCCCCAAAAGGAAUAAACAUCUUUUAAAAUGUUUA